GACAAAAGAAAAUCGGAAACCAAGACUUUGUUUCUUACCUGGGCUGGAAACACCUAGAACAUCGUAAAAUCAAAACUUAUGUUCUUAUCUUACCUCUGCUAGAACCAACUAGAAGAUAAGACUAAAUUCGUUCCGGACCGACCUCUAUUAUAUAUCUUCCCCUUAACCCAAGUAACUUAAUCUGAAGUCUUAACAAGUUUUUCUUGUGAACCCUGCACAAGAGUCUGAAGAGCUAAAAAAAUCGGAGAUCUCAGGUAAUUCUGAAAACGGACGAUGUUCUUUUUCUUCGCUGGGGGAUUAGGGCAACAGGUUAGGCAGGUGCUCAAAUCCGGCGCCGGAAAAUGCAUAAGAUGUGGCUCUGAGGCCGAUUUGGUGGAUUACGACAAAGUCUUGAAGCUUUUUUUUGUUCCUGUCUGGAGAUGGCCCGGGAAAGAUCAUGUACUCCAUUGUAGAGACUGCGAUCUGUUUUUCUCUCACUCUCUCUCACCGCCGAUUUCUCCAGCUACGUGCCGUUUCUGCGAUCGAGUCGUAGAGCCUGAGUUCCGUUUCUGCCCCUGUUGUGGCUCUUCUCUGUGAAUUUUGGUCUGUCCAGAAAGUUGUUCUUAACUCUACAAAGUUGAUUUCAUCUCUCACUAAAAGUAGUUGUCUAAUGUAUUUUACUGAAACUUUGAGUUGUGGUCUUUCUUGCAAAAUCUUUAAGACUUCCCGUCUGUUUUGCUUGCUCAUUGACUUUUUUUUUUGUGUAGUCGCAUGUUUUUCUAGUCGAUCGAAUGAAAAAGGUGAGAAGUCCAUUA